AUGGUACUCACUACCAUUUACUGGAACCUUGCUUCUUCAGAUCACCCUUCCUCGUCGACAUCUUCCGUCCGUUGGCCUGUCUCUGCAACCACAGGAGUUCCGUGUUCGUCUUUCUCUCCCAGCGCUUCCGAGCUCCUCCGGACCAGGUCCCUGCCCCAGUGGCUGUCGUUUAUCAGAGAUGUCGGCUUCUACGAGGAUCGACACAAUCUAUUCCAGAGCUGGAAAGACAACAAAGCUCGCAUGCAACAAUUUGAAGUUCAUGCUAUCGAUGCUCGCCUGCGAUCUUGGGCUUCCGAAGUCCAUAAUCAGUGUCUAAAUACCCAUGAGUGCUACAGCGUCAGCUGCAAACCUUGCAUGGUACGGUAUCUGGAUGAGCACUCAUCUCAGGCGGGCAUAGACGAUCUAACAGAUCCAACGACAAAAGUCAAAGAUGUGUCUGAAAGACCAGACAACACUGAUCUGGGCACAUGUAAUCGCCAGUCACACAAUUCCAUUACUGAAGGCCGAAUACGACAUGUAAGGCAUGAAUGCCUGCGAAACUUUAUGAACGUAUUCUCAACCUGUUCACCCUGCCUCAUCGUGGGUCUAGUGUUUGAGCAACCCUCGAAAUAUGGAUAUGAUGAGCUUCAGAAGGGUUACCUAGCUUGGCGCAUGACAUGGCACACAUUCAAAGUCAAUGUAAACCCCAGGUCUCUUGAAGGCACAAAGCCUAUUUUGAGAAAUAUUGCUUUCAUGAGCUUACCAAAGCUCAACAUGUGGGGAGACAUUACAAACGAUUAUACCCUCUUAUCCCAUGGAUCUUUGACCCAAGAGGAUCUCAUGAACCUCUAUAACCUUGAAGACCGGGCCAUUAAGUACUUGGUAUCUCACCGUCUUGAUUGGAGCAAAGAAAUCGAUGUUAUACAAGAUUUUGCGGGUCUGAAACUUUCUAUCCUUGGUCAAGAAUCCAUCUCGGAAUUAAGAGAUAUCAUUCAUACUGUCAACGCAGACCUCAUGAGACUGGUUACCGCUGAACUCGAGCUCACGGAAAAUCCCAAAAUUUGGAAGGAGAUGAAUCGAAGAACACUGUAUUACUGUGCUAAACAGAAUUUCAAGACUCUUAGGCAAGCCCUUUGCGACAAGUAUCGGCAAGACACUAACCAACACUUUGGUCGGGAACUAUGA